UUUGUUCUUUAGGAGCAGCUAUGGAGUGGAAACUUUUAACUGGUAGAAGACUAAGUAUGGAUUCUGAACAGGGAAACUGCAAUGGAGUUUUGGGAGAUGUGAAAAAGGUUUCAAUUGAAGAAUCCCUCAACAAAUCAAAGAAUUCAUUAGAUAUUGGCACAUCAUCUCAGUGCCAGUUCUUGCAGCUCCCUAAGCAUCCUGAAGUAAAAAGGAUUGUUAAACUGGCUUACAACAAUACGGGGAAUUCAAUUCUGGCAUUGGCAUCGAAUGGUAUUCAUCUGGUUUGGCUCUGGCCACGCACUGGCUUUAACUUGGAUGGCAAGGCUAGUGUUCAGGUUUGCCCUCAGUUGCAGCAACCAAAGGAUGGGUUCCAAGUUAUGAUCAAUGACCUUUCAUCUGUCAAAUGUGCAAACCCAGUUUCUUGUUUUGCAUUAUCAAAACAGGGUGGAUAUGUCAUAUCAACUUCAGGGGGCAUGAUCUCUUUGUUCAACAUGGUCUCCUAUAAGACUCUGAGAACCAUCAUGUCUCCACCACCUAUGGUAACAUGUCUUGCUUUCUACCCUGAAGAUAACAAUAUAUUUGGUAUUGGCUUUGAUGACUCCACUUUAAGUAUAUACAAUGUUCGUGAUGAUCAGGUUUUACAAAAGCUUGAGGGUCACUCUAAAAGAGUUACCACUCUUGCUUUCUCAAGCACUUCCAAUAUUCUUGUAUCUGCUGAUGCAAAUGCUCAGAUCAUUCUAUGGGAUACAAAUGGGUGGAAAAAGCUGAAAGAUGUAAAAUUGCAAAUACAAGAAAACCACAUGCUAGAAUCUGAAACACAAAUUCAGUUUCAUCCAGAUCAAAUAAAAUUCCUUGUUGUAUAUUUUGGUCAUGUUGCAAUCUAUGAAACAACAGAACUAAGAUGUGUCAAUGAGUGGGUUCCAGAAAUUCCACAGCUGAUCUCUCAAGCAACCUUCUCAUCAGAUGGUCACAUUUUGUAUUCCAUUUUGGUUGAUGGGACAGUCACAAUAUUUGAUGCAACAAAUUUUGAAGUUCAUUGUAGGAUUUGUACCUCAUCUUAUCUUCCUCCAAUUUCAAGUUUGAGCAUCUACCCAAUUUCCAUUGCUGCACAUCCACAUAAACCAAACCAUUUUGUUGUGGGGCUCACAGAUGGUAGUGUUUAUGUGUUUGAGCCUCAGAAAGGAGGUGGUGAUUGGAUCAAGAAAAGUCAUUGAGGCACCUUUGGGAUUCAAAUGCAUUCAGUUAAAUAGUUAAGACCAAUGCAUUGUUGAUUGAUGAUGAAAUGUUAGAGAACAUUAACUUGUUAUGUAUGUUGUAUCAGUAGAAAUUGUUAGGAAUGAUUAUCUUUGAAGAUACUCUGUAGUAUCUUCUAAUUCUGAUAUAAUCACCUCAUAUAGUUAUGAUUUCUUCUU